AUGCCAUCACAAACAUUAACAAUUAUGCCAUUAACACGUAAAUUAGUUAAGGAUUAUGUACUGUUAAUGCAUGUUUUAGUAUUUUCUAUGUUUGAUAUACUUAAAUCUUAUCAAACAACUCCUAACAAUGAAUUAUUUCUAGCUCGUGCUUUUUUUAAUCCGCAGACAACAAUGAAUGCUAUGUCUUUUAUUAUAACUUAA